AUGAAAGCUAGGGCUGCAAGUGAAAGAAGGAGGAGAGUAAGGAGGAGAAUUGGCUUUGAAGUGAUGAUCGGUGGUUGGAGAAUGAGGCGGAAGAGGAUGACCACAGGAAACGGAGAUUCAAGCAAAAGAAGAAAAUCAAAAAGUCAAAAUUUGACAAAAAGUAAAUUUCAAGCAGAAGAAGACCUUCAUAAAAUCAGCAUUUCAAACGGGUACUGGACAAUGACAUCGAAUAUUGCUGAGUCUUUUAAUGCAGCAAUUAAAUCAGCAAGGGAAUUACCAGUUGCAACACUUCUGGAAUAUUUGAGGGUAUUAGUUCAAGAGUGGAGUUACAAAAAUAGAAACAUAGCUUCUUAUACUAUGACAAAACUGACAAAUAAAGCAGAAGAAGCACUUAGGGAAAACUAUUCACUAGCUAGAAGAAUGAAGGUUAUCCCAUCAGUAACAUGUAUAUGCAGUGUGCAAGAUGGCACAAGGACUUCAAUAGUAGAUCUCAUUGAGAGGACAUGCAGUUGUUGUAGAUUCCAAAAAGAUGAGCUACCUUGUGCACAUGCAGUUGCAGUGUCUUGCAAAUACCACAUGGAUCCCUAUCAAUAUUGUGCAGAAUUUUUCAAAAAAGAAAAUUUAGUGAAAAUAUAUGAGGCUAUUGUUUUUCCGAUGCCUAGCCAAAGCGAUUGGGAUGACGCAGAAGACAUGGAAUAUACCGACGUUCUUCCGCCAAUGGGAAAAAUUCCAGCAGGACGACCGAAGAAACAAAGAUUGAAGUCAUGUCAUAAGAGAAAGGAAAAAAAUACAUGUAGCAGAUGUGGAAACCGGGGGCAUAACAAAAAAACAUGCCGUAAUCUUCCAAAGUGA